AUGCUCUACAGCUGCUACCGCCGCCGCCGGAAACUCAAACGCCUCUUCGUAAUGCUCCUCCCCAUCCUCCUGACUGCCCUCCUCCUCUCCCCCUUGUAUCUGAUCUACAAACCGCCAAGCCUCCUCAUCCGCUACCUCCAACACCGCUACCCGGACGUCCUCUUCCACGUCCCCCUCCCCCCGCACAAGAAGCUCGUCGCGCUGACCAUCGACGAUGCCCCCUCGCAAUACACACCGGAGAUAGCAGCAACGCUAAAGGCGCACAGCGCGUCCGCGACGUUCUUCGUGAUUGGCUCGCAGGUGGACGGGCGCGAGGCCGCGCUCACGGACCUGGUGCGCGCGGGCCACGAGCUGGGGAACCAUGCUAUGCGGGACGAGCCAUCGCGCGCGCUGCGGGACGACGUGCUCUCGGCGCAGAUUGCGGGGGUGCAGGCGCGGAUUAGUGAUGUGUAUGCGCGGGCUGGGGUCGAGGAGCCGGCGGUUAGGUGGUUUCGGCCGGGGUCGGGGUUCUUCAGUGAGAGGAUGAGGAGGCUGGUGGGGGCUUUGGGGCUGCGGAUUGCGCUGGGGAGUGUGUAUCCGCAUGAUCCCCAGGUUCCGUAUGCGUGGGUGAAUGCGGCGCAUGUGCUGAGUAUGGUGCGGCCGGGGAGUGUGAUUAUCUGUCAUGAUCGGAGGAGCUGGACGCGGCCGAUGCUCAGAAAAGUUUUGCCUGAGUUGAAGAGGCGAGGGUAUCAAGUUGUGACUCUGAGUGAGUUGGUGAGGGAGGCGGAGGGAUCAUGA